CUCAUCAGUUUAUUUUCCUGUUUCCUUUUGGAAUAUACGUUGCCCAUUUAUGGCGAUUCUGCGCGUAAGGACAGAGUACUGCCAGGCUCAGCACAACGACUGUGCAGACAAGUGAGCUGAAGGCCUCUUGGUGCCAACCUGCGCCCAGCCGCUUUACAUAGUUGUCUCCUCCUCCUAUCCAUCUGCAGUGACGCUUAUGGGAGUUUUUAUUUAUUUUCCUUUUCCACAGCCUCCUAUUUUUGACUAUUUUAUUUUUUCUUUUGUGAAAAGAUUUUUAUAUAGGGAGGGUUGAAGUACAUCGACUCUGCAAUAACUUUUCUCCUUCCUAAUGAGUGCCUCACUUGAAUAAAAACCUGCUGCCAUUUUUUUUUUUAAACUAGCAAAUCUUUCCCUUCUCAGAAGUAAUGUAAAAAAGUUUUUCAUUGGAUGCCUUGCUGCAUCCCACACAAGUCCAGCUAAGUCUUCAGUACGCACUUGGGACAACGUCCCACAAAUACUUAUAUUCUUUUUCUUUAUAUAAAUUUUAAAGAAUUCUGUUGUGAAUUUUUUUUUUUUAAACUUUUUUUUUUGUUUUUAAAAGAAAUAAACUUACUUUUUUUAAAAAAAAAUUUAAAUUUCAAAAUGAACCGUCCAGCUCCAGUGGAAAUAUCCUAUGAUUGUAUGCGUUUUCUGAUCACUCACAAUCCGACCAAUGCCACGCUCAACAAGUUUACAGAGGAACUGAAGAAAUAUGGAGUCACCACCUUGGUAAGGGUCUGUGAUGCCACAUAUGACAAGGCUCCAGUAGAAAAGGAAGGGAUACAGGUCCUGGAUUGGCCAUUUGAUGAUGGAGCUCCACCCCCAACACAGAUUGUUGAUGAUUGGUUGAACCUUUUGAAAACCAAAUUCCGUGAGGAGGCAGGAUGCUGUAUUGCUGUGCACUGUGUUGCUGGCUUGGGACGGGCCCCUGUACUAGUCGCUCUGGCACUGAUUGAAUGUGGGAUGAAGUAUGAGGAUGCUGUGCAGUUUAUCAGGCAGAAACGGAGAGGAGCAUUUAACUCUAAACAGCUGCUUUACCUUGAAAAGUACAGACCCAAGAUGCGCCUGAGAUUCAAAGAUGCCAAUGGCCACUGCUGCAUGCAGUAACUUAGAAAAUGAAAUGGCUUUAAUUUGACUCUUGCUACCAGAGGAGGGAAUCGAAGAUAAGGCAACACCCUGGAUCUCAGACAGAUUUCUCUCUCCUGCUCCUGUACCACCAGAAAGUAAACGUCUAUCAACUCCACAUCCGGCAAAAUAAAAUGGAGUUAAAACCUCGUGGUGAAGAAUGUUUGUUUAUUUUUCAAUUCCCCUCCUAAUCCACGUUUUUCAUUUGUAAAGCUGCACAAACUUACUGAGCUUUGUAUAGCUUUCACGUGCAAUUUUAACGUGCCCUGAUAUCAUUAUUACAAGCGUAAAUUCUUGCACCUUUUUGUUCUGCUGGAAUAUGAAGGACUAUAGUAGUCUUUUUAAUCUUUGGAUGGAUCUGCAAUGGAGCACAUGUGCAUAUUAAUUAAUUUUAUAUGUAGAUUAAUGCACUGCACUUCUGAUGUUGGCUUGUGGGAAUCUAGGAAUUUGAUGAAAUGUACAAAUAUUUCAGAUUUAUCAGCCUAUCACUUCAGUUUUGUUAACAUAGAUUUAUUAUGUACAGUAAAUAUGUGGAAAUCCUUGAAUUGUGCAAUAUAGACAACAUGCCCCGCUCCUCCAUUAUGAAGGGGAAAUGGUAGAGCAAACCUGGUAAUGCAACACAAGUUUUAAAUUGGCAGUUAUAAUUGCAUGAAAGCAAAUUUGAGUCUUUGCUUUCUCCAAGUACCCUUACUUGUAGAAAACCUUUGUAAUUGAUUUCCAUAUGUUCAAGGUUGGCACAAAAAUGUUAAUCUUAGAUCUUAAGCCUCAAGUUUACUCAGCAGCUUUACAAAUGUUAAAGGAUAUAACUGCAGGGUUCUUUAUAAAUCUAUUGUUUCCAACUUUUCAGUAGAUUCCAAGUUUCUGCAGUGUGCUAUGAAUGUGAUUUUGUUUUGUAACCUACCUCACAGGGGAGGGCAGUGAGGAAACCUUAAGCAGAAAUGGUUACUAUAUAGCGAUUGUUUCAUAGUCUGAUGGAACCAAUAAGUUGAAAAAUGCGUAUCAAAGUUCUCCUUAUGAAUUAUGGGUAGUUGCUGUGAAGUAUUGCAUUCUAAAGCAGGUGAUUCAUUACAUAAUUCCUGCCUGCUUUUAGAAUACUACUACACACAGUAGCCUUUUUGUUUUCUGUUAGUUAUUUUUUUUUUAAACAGUUUACAGGCUUCAAGAGUAACCCUUGUAUAUUAAGGAUAUCCCUGUUACAUCUUGGGUUUAAUUGUACAUUGCAUUAAACUAUUUGUACUAAUACAGGGUUGUCCUUAUCUAUAGUGGUAGUCCUUGAAGGCUGAAAUAUACUCUACUCAAAAAUAAGAUAAGAAAAAGGUGGGCUUGGAUAAUUUUUAAUUGUAUCAUGUGUUAUUUGACUGUACAAAAUACCAUGGGUACCACAAUGUUUUUGUAGAAGUCUCUGUAAAAUAAUGCAUUACACUUUUUUUUUUUCACAUGCGCAUUUCCCAUGAGGAUUUAUGAAAGUUGUGCCUAAAUAUUUUUUUUUCUUUCUUUUAAUUGUAACAAUAUAUUUAUUAUUUUUGGUGAAGAGAACCAAUGCUUAUGUAAAUCUCCCCCUCCCCUACCAUGAGCCAUCAUUUUUGGUUCUUUCUUGUAAAUGGAAGAGAUGCUGACUGAAGGAGAUAUGCAGAUGAUGAAAUGUUAAAUCAAAAUGUGCUAAAAAAAAAAAUUCUACCAUGAGCUCAUGAAAAUUAAAUAAAAUUUUACACCUUCUA